AUGCUCAAGCUGCUUUCACGGUCCGCUUUGUUAAUAUGUGCGCUCUUCGCCCUCGUGCUAGUAGCGGGUCCGAGAGGCGCAUAUGCUGCGACUCAAGAUGCCUUCACGUGGGAGACUUUCCAGGCGGCAGAUGUGGGCCUUCACAGCCUUUCGUCCGAGGAACUCUCGCUUUCGCAGGACGUGUCCGCAGGCGAUGCAUUUAAUCAGAUCAAGUCGACAUACAGAGACAAGACGCAAGCAAUAUUGAAUCAAGGAGGGGGUUGUAAUUCGAAGAACGUUGCGAUACGGCGAGAAUGGUGGAUCUUUCCGGCAAUGCAGGUCAGUGCGAGGCUAAUGUUGGCGCAGGAGCACUUUGUCUCCCGAUGAGCGGCACUCCUUCAUUGCGGCGUUCAAGUGCCUUUUGAAGCAUCCAGGCUCUACUCCGCGCUCGAUGGCGCCAGGCGCACGAAAUCGUCUGGAUGACUACGUCGUGGUAAGUCAAUUGCCAAGAUCAUUCAGUCAAUAAUACCAUGCUGACAGCUUGAUUUGCUCGAAGGCCCACAUUACCCAGAUGCUCACCGUGCACUUCAGUCCAUGGCAAUUCCUCUGGCAUAGGCAGAUGUUAUUCCUGAUAGAAAAAGAGCUACGGGAGCUCUGCGGCUACACAGCCUACCUGCCAUACUGGGAAUGGCCGAAGCAUGCCGAUCUCGGUAUCAGCGGCGAUCCUAUCUUUGACGGGUCCUCCACGUCACUAUCAGGUGACGGUGACCGUAGGUCCGACAACUGCAGCUGCGUGACAACAGGCCCCAUGGCAGACUGGACAGUCAACUUGGGUCCGCAAGGUGGGAAAGCUUGUAGUUCCAAUCCCCGGGAUGACGCCUUGGGCUACAAUCACCGAUGCCUCGAGCGCAGAAUGGAUAAGAGGUGGCUCGCGAACAUGACAUACGACAACAUUGUGCAAACCAUCCAGGGCUCUAGUGGUAGGUGGAUUCAGCAUUCCCUUGGCAAGCUGUCUGGCUGAUCCUAUCUCAGACAUCAAUGCCCUCUCCAAGCGGAUCGACGCCGCAAAAGUUGGCCUUCACACCUUGGGGCAUACAUUCGUUGGAGGACUGCAAAACAACAUCCCAGCAGCAGCCAGCGACGCGCUAUUCUACUGCCAUCACUCCAUGAUGGACUACCUGUAUUCCAUGUGGCAAGCGCAAGACUUCAAAGGGAGACAAUUUGCUAUUGCAGAUCCUUCGACUUACAAAGACAUACGACUAGCUGGCUGUAAGUAUCGUGCAAGUCUAGACCGAAGUUCAGUCUACUCACGAUAUCUCUAGGGGGCGAUGCGCCGCAUGUCACGUUGGAGAGCACGAUAUACCUAUCGCCCAUGUUUCCAAAUAUUACUGCGAGGGAUGCGACCAGUCCGACGGGAGGACAAUUUUGCUAUAUGUACGAGUAA